AUCUCCUCCGCCCUUUUUCCUGGCACAACGAUCUCUUCUUCUGAUCUUCCUUCACCGCGAUUCUCUCCUUCUCCGAUUGUCCCUCACGAUUGCCCCUUUUCCAAUUCUCCCUUAGUUAAAAAUUUGAGAGUAGAGCAACGAGCAGGCUUCUUCUGAUUUUUCUUAUUCUGAUCCUCUUCCAAUUGAGACCUAAGUGAGAAGAGCACUGAUUUUGAGAGGUUCUGAGCCUUGUACACCUGAGGGACCCACUCACAAGUGUACAACGUCUAUUUUGCUCCUGGUUUGGGGCAUUACAGAUCAGCAGGGAAAAAUGAACAAUGGAGCGGAUAAAAGAUUGAAUAGAGGAGCAGAGGAGGAUGAAGAUGAUGAAGAUGAUGGGGAUGGGCUUGAAGCAUGGGAGAGAACAUAUGCAGAUGAGAGGUCCUGGGAGUCUCUGCAAGAGGAUGAGUUAGGUUUCCUUCGCCCCAUUGACAACAAGGCCAUUUACCAUGCUCAGUACCGCCGGCGCCUUCGUUCUCUUUCUUCCUCUGCAGCUGCUACUAGGAUUCAAAAGGGCCUCAUCCGCUAUCUCUACAUUGUCAUUGACCUCUCCCGGGCAGCUGCAGAGACAGAUUUUCGACCAAACCGGAUGGUUGUUGUUGCAAAACAUGUUGAAGCUUUCAUUAGGGAGUUUUUUGACCAGAAUCCCCUUAGUCAAAUUGGCCUGGUGACAAUAAAAGAUGGUGUUGCUCACUGUUUGACAGAUCUUGGUGGCACUCCUGAGGCCCACAUCAAAGCUUUGAUGGGCAAGCUGGAAUGUUCAGGCGAUUCUUCUCUACAAAAUGCAUUAGACCUUGUACAUGGGUAUCUGAAUCAAAUUCCAUCAUACGGUCAUCGUGAAGUUCUUAUACUAUAUUCUGCUCUCAGUACUUGUGAUCCUGGAGAUAUAAUGGAGACUGUCCAAAAAUGCAAGAAAUCUAAAAUAAGGUGUUCAGUUAUUGGCCUCGCUGCAGAAAUGUUUAUAUGCAAACAUCUUUGCCAGGAAACUGGUGGUAUGUACUCUGUUGCUUUGGAUGAGGCACACUUCAAAGAGUUGAUAUUGGAGCAUGCCCCACCCCCACCAGCCAUAGCAGAAUUUGCAAUUGCUAAUCUGAUCAAGAUGGGAUUCCCACAAAGAGCGGCAGAGGGUUCUAUAUCUAUUUGUUCAUGUCACAAAGAAGCUAAGGUUGGUGCUGGGUACACAUGUCCAAGAUGCAAGGCUCGUGUAUGUGAGCUGCCUACUGAGUGCCGCAUUUGUGGAUUAACGCUUGUUUCUUCUCCCCAUUUAGCAAGAUCAUAUCAUCAUCUCUUUCCUAUACCACCGUUUGAUGAGGUUCCUCUAUCACGUCCUAAUGAUCCAAAUCAAAAGGCAAAGCGAAAUUGUUUUGGAUGCCAGAGCCUUCUUAGUCCAGGAAACAAACCUGGCCUUUCUGUUGCCUGCCCAAAGUGCCAACAGCAUUUCUGCCUUGACUGUGACAUUUAUAUUCACGAGAGUUUGCACAAUUGCCCAGGUUGCGAAAGCUUAAGGAAUUCUAAGUCAGUCAUUGCAAAUGAAACAUGAUAAUGUCACAACCAAGGUUUUAGAUUUUGAUUCCAACCACACCAUAUGGUGUUUGUUUCUUGUCUGUUCAUCGAUGCUAGUCUUCUAACUCUUUUUUUGGCCAGAAUAAUUUAUUUACAUAUUUAGAUGAGAAUGUUCCGUCCUGAUAGGCCUGCUG